AUGCCCACUUUUUCAGCGACAACGCCCCUCCGCUUACCAGCAAUCCCUUCACUACGGGAGAUAAUUCGCAUCUAUGGCCUGCGUGCUCAGAAGCAGCUCUCACAGAACUUUCUUUUGCAACCAUCCUCCAUUAAUAGUUUAGUGAAUUGUGCGGGUAGCCUUCGUGAUGCCUGUGUGUUAGAAGUGGGUCCCGGCCCUGGAGGCCUAACUCGUGCUAUUCUUCGUCAGCGUCCUCGACAUCUCGUCGUGGUGGAAUUGGAUCGACGAUUUAUCCCUUGUCUGGAGGAAUUACGUCUUUCCGCUGCUGAAAUGGGUGUGAAAAUGGAUAUUUAUCGAGGCGACAUCCUCAAGAUAAAUACGGGAGAUGUGUUCUCCAUCUCAGGCGUGCAUCAACCAGAGUCGUGGGGUUCUGGUGUCAGCGAUGUGCCAGUAAAAGUGGAUAAAGACUCGACAGCUCUUGUUGAAGCUAGCACCAACCGCCCACCUCGUGUUCGCAUUAUAGGAAAUCUUCCUUUCUGCAUUUCGACUCCACUCCUCAUCUCAUGGCUCGAUAAUAUUGCUAAUCGUCGACAGAUUUGGCGUCUUGGGCGUGUGCCUAUGACUCUUACCUUCCAGAAGGAGAUCUGCGAGCGUCUGGUGGCGGACGUUUGGGAUGACCAGCGUUCGCGUCUUUCGGUAAUGGCGCAAGCAUUUUGUGAGGUUAGAUUUCUGAAGGAGAUCCCUGGUUCAACUUUUGUUCCCUCGCCCAAAGUAGACGCAGGUGUGGUUCGUCUGAUUCCUCUCGCUCGUCCGCUCAUCUCUGCUCCCUUCCCUUAUGUGGAGAAACUAGUUCGCCAUGCCUUUCAGUUCAGGCAAAAAUUGAUUGUCCGGUGCUUGGAAAGCCUAUUUCCACCUGACCGACCUGAUUUAGUUAUCCGGUUGUUUAAGGAGGCGGCCGUCCAACCAAUGAAGCGCCCAAUUCAAUUGAGUAACCUGGAGUUCCGUGAUUUGUGUGAGACGUACGCCAGAAUUUGUUCCACGACCGAAGGCAUCUUUGCCUACGAAUUUCGUACUCAGCAAAACCUGCCGAAGUGGCACACCAGGAAGCACACUCAACGGGAAAUCCUCGGUCACACCAUCACCGCUGACGUCGUUCGAAGGGAAAUGUAUUCAUAG